UCACAUUUUCAGUGCCUGAACGAUGUGCAGUUUCUCUGGCGAAGCAAGAUCACUUGUUCAACAUGAGCCGUUUGCAUAUCUUAAUUUUCUUGAGUGCGCUUCUUCUCAAUGGAGUACAGAUGCAGAGUGAGACAAGACCAGGGCACGACCCUGUCCGGUUUUCGUCUUUGCGGGCAUUCCCGUGGGUACCUGUGCAGCCACUUGGUCUCUGGUCUUGGAGGUCUGCGCGAUUUGCGGCGAGAGAAAUAUUAAGUCUUUCACCAGGGACAGUGUUCAAUGUAUACGUUACUUCCGCAUGGGGAACGUUUUGGAACUCGGGCGAAAACAGAUAUGGCAUGUACUAUGUACACUUUAUUGUCAGAUACAAAAUGUUCCCAUUUUCCAGGUAUCAGUGCAGCGCAUGGGUUCACUGGCCACCACCGUUCGACGUUCAUCUAGAUGGCAUUCCCUUUUCUCAAUUCAAUUAUUGUGUUCCUUUCUAAAGGAAUAUAUCUGAAUUAAGAUACAAAGAUCAAAUAGCAUGCGAAUAUUAUAUUUAUUCUUUUAAGGAAACAUAUAUUAUUAACAACUUUGACGACUUAAGUGCUAUAUCAUGAUGGUUUCAUUAAAACAACCUUUGUCUGUCACGAUGGAUGUUACAUGUAUGUAAAAUUUCUAUGAAUUAAAAUGUCAUCGUCUCUUUCUUGAA